GUUCGUAACCAUUCGCCGAGCGUAAUCUUAAGCCGGUUCGAAAUGAUAUUCGUCGUCGCCGUGUGUUUUAGUGAGCGAGUGGCAAGCGUUUGAGACAAGGGGAAUCCCUGCGAAUCGAAGAUCAGAUUCGAUGAUGUCGAUUAUAUUGGAGUCGCAUCGAGCGUUAAGUAAAUAAUGCAAUCCGAAGUAAAUGUGUCAAUCGAUCUGACCUGCACUCGAUUGGGGCCAAAUCGAAUUGAUAAGUACGUUCAAGUCAUUCCGCGACGUUCUCUUCAGGGAUGUUCACGAAACGCUUCGUCGGUUUCACCGCAAACCAUCCGUACCUUCUGGUCGCGAUCCUCACAACCGUCUCCAUAACAUGUCUCGUCGUCCCGGCAACACUAAAAUCACUCCCAAACUUUUCGGAUCCUCAAAUGGGCUUUGAGACGAGAGGAACCGACCUGGCCAAGAAGUUAACCACUUGGAAGAACCUUUUAGAAUCGUCGAAAUACUCCGGUCAAUUCGUCUCAAAUCCCAAGGAGUAUUUACAAACAAAAAAUUACAUAAUCAAAGCGAAACGACCGUCCAAGAACAAAACCAAAAGAUCCUUCAAAGAAAUCCCAAAGACGUCUUCAUUCAAAUUAACCAAAACGAAGAAAACGAAAGUUCCAGCAUCCCAAGAAACCGACAAUUUCUUCUGCGGUUACCCAGAUUCGAAAUACGCAAAGAUCGUGAUCAAAUCGAAGCGUGAAACGGGAUUAUUCGAUUACGAUUCGAUGCGAGCCAUGUGCAAAUUAGAAAAACGAAUGAUAACGAAGAAAGACUACAAAGGUCUCUGCAUCAAGAGCGUUAAGAGGAAAUGCUGCAAACCGUGGUCUUUGCCCAAUUACGUCGCGUUGAUGAACUCGAAGAAAUCAUGCCAGGAGAUAACGGAAAAGGAUGUGCAAAUAUCUAAGGAGACUUUGGUGACUUGUGCUCCGUUCUAUCACAAUUUCACGUUGAAACCUCAUUGCAAGAAGAUGAAUUGCACGGGCGCUCCAAAGAUUUGCACAGAAAAUGAUUCGGUCUUUAACAUAUUGAAUUAUAUGACUAGCUUAUCUUUUCUACCUAAGAAUGAUACAAGUAGUAAAGUUUUAUUGAAUGAAGCUAUGCUGUAUUUGCCUUUGGCUUGUAGCAUUGCCACAAUGCCGUUUUACGAAGAUUUUGAUGAUUUUAAUGAGUUCGAUUCAAUUGAAUUGAUCGCUUUGGAUUUUGGAUUGAAGAAUGCUCUGUUCGAGAAGAUCUUGAUUAGGGACGCAUGGUUGAUGAUCGUUGGCGCUAUUUUCCUUUUGAUAUCGAUGUGCUUUUACACCAAAUCACCUUUCUUCACCUUCAUGACUCUAAUUGCAAUCUUCUUAUCAUUGGGAAUAUCCUAUUCCGUUUACACUUACGUUUACCAAUUGGAGUUCUUUCCAUUCAUGAACUUGUUGGCUGUCAUUGUAACCAUAGGGAUUGGUGCUGAUGAUGCUUUUAUCUUCAGCAAACUCUGGAGAGAGUACAGAGCUUCCGAAGAUUCGCUCGAAGAAGCUUUAAGCAAAACCCUUCAACAAGCCUUCGUGACGAUGCUGGUAACUUCCAUGACCACUUCAGUAGCAUUCUUCGCAUCCUACUUUAGUUCAAUCACAGCCAUUAAAUGUUUCGGCGUGUUUGCAGGUACUGCAGUUUUGACGAAUUUCAUCCUCGCCAUGCUUUGGCUUCCGCCCACCGUCAUCAUUCAAGAAAGAAUCAAAGGCUGCAAUUUCAACUGUUCUUGUGGGCGAUUCUCCUGUUUUCUCGAUGCCCUCCAGACGACCUUAAUCAAAGCAAUCAUCAAAUUCAAACAUGCUCUCUUCAUAAUUUUCUCAACCGCAGGUUGUUUAGCUUCGAUCGCCGUUUUCUAUUAUCCGAAGUUACGGUUACCCGACAACAACGAUUUUCAACUCUUCGACAGCAGCCAUCCGUUCGAACAGUACGAAUUGAUUUACAAGAACAAAUUUUGGUUCACGCAAAACAUGAAGGAAAAUGAAGAUUCAAUUUAUAAAUUACCGUUGAGAUUCGUUUGGGGCGUUUCUCCUGCGGAUAACGGCAACUACAUGGAUCCGCAGAACUUGGGCGAUUUAGAAUUGGAUGAAAGUUUCAACUUUUACACGCCUCAAGCGCAGGAGUUCAUGUACGAUUUUUGCAAGGAUCUGCAGUCGCAGCCGUUCUGCAGAAGAAUCGGACUGUCUCUGGGAAGUUGUUUCAUGGAGACGUUCGUUGAUCUCUUGAAAAGACGAUGCUCGGAUUUGAGCGAUUCCAAGUUUAACAAACCGCCGUGUUGUAAUCUGACCGAGUUUCCUUUCGAAAGUCACGUUUUCAAUUAUUGUCUCUACGACUCCGUUGAUGCUUUGUACACGACUCCGUCGAGGUUCUUUUCGCCUGGAUUGGCCGGGCCCAAAUUUUCCAAAUCUGAUGUUCCCAAAAUACAGGCUUUCGUUGUCGAAUUUGAUAGCACUUUCUCGUUUUCCUUGAAUUUCGAUUACAUGGACGGUUUCUUGAGAGAUGUUGAUAAUUGGUUUCAAAGCAAAUUGGUUGGAGCGCCCGAUGAAUUGAAAGGUGGUUGGUUCAUAAGCGAUUUCGAUUUCUUCGAUUUGCAACGAACUUUAUCAGAAAACACACUCGUUGCUAUAAUUAUUUCCAUGGCGUUAGCUCUAGGCGUUCUGUUUUUAACUACCUUGAACAUCCUGGUGAGUCUCUUUGGAGUGCUCGUGAUAACGUGCAGUAUUUUAAGUACUAUGGCUUCUCUGGUUCUGAUCGGCUGGAAGUUGAAUAUCCUGGAAUCAAUCGCCAUCUCCAGUAUUAUAGGUUUAACCGUUGACUUCAGUCUUCAUUUGACUGUGAAUUUUAGAUUCGCACCGGACAAAAUGAGCAGGGAGGAAGCUACGAUCAGCGCCCUCAGAAAUACUCUAGGUCCGGUGACCAUGGCGGCGUUAACGACGAGUGCCGCUGGUUACUUCAUGAUUUUCUCUUCAGUAUUAGCGUACAAGCAAAUCGGACAGUUCCUUUGUAUAGUUAUGAUUGUUAGUUGGUUGUUCGCCGUCUUCCAUUUAGGCUCAUUGUUAGCGUUAGCAGGUCCAGAGAACCAGUGCGGACAACUAUCGUUCCUCAAAUUCUUGAGAACUUUCAUCAGCAAAAAAGAGCUGACAUUUAACGAAUCACACGAAUUGGAGCGAAUGAACGCGUUGAAGUUAGACAACAACUAAAUGUAUUUUAGUCAUGAAAAAACUAGGAUAAAAUUAAAGAUACAAAAUAAAUUAGCACCUCAGUGAAAAAUAUGUUAUGAAGUAUGUGUUAGUAAUCAUUAGAACUUCUCGACGUAAAACCACAUGAGAAUAGUCAUCAACAUUAGUCAAUCCAAUUAAAACAAGUUUAAAUCCAAUUUACUUAUUUAUUAAUACAC